CGGCGGACACUGGGGGGAACCAUCAUGGCGGAGUUCCACCUGCGUUGCGCGAAUCGUGCACGCGCCUAGAGGUGUGCGUGCUUACUUCCGCACGGCGCAGGCGCAGUAAAGCGCGGUGCUCGGCCUGGUUUCCGGUGGCGGCUGAGCGGAAAAUGGAAGAAGAUGAGGUCGCGGAGAGCUGGGAGGAUGCUGCGGACAGUGGGGAAAUAGAAAGAAGGUUAGAGAAGAAGCUAAAAAUCGCUCAACGAGAAAGGAAGUCCAAGUCUCCACCUAAGGUCCCCGUGGUUAUCCAAGACGACUCCCUUCCAUCCGGUCCCCCUCCCCAGAUCCGAAUUCUAAAGAGGCCUACAAGCAACGGCUUGGCGAGCAACGCGAACGCCAGCAGCCGUCCCUCGGCGCCCGUCAAGACCUUGGCGCAGAGGGAAGCGGAGUACGCGGAGGCUCGCAAGCGGAUUUUAGGAAGCGCCAGUCCCGAGGAGGAGCCGGAGAAGCCUGUGGUGGAGAGGCCUUCGCGAAUCAAUCAGUCUGAGGACGUCAGACAGCCGAACAACGUGAUCCGGCAGCCGCUGGGUCCCGACGGAUCACAAGGCUUCCGCCAGCGCAGAUAGACGCGAUGGAGUGAUGCUGCCCUGUCACACCAAUGGACCUGAGCGGAGGGGACCACCUCAUUAACUUGCACUUUGAUGCCCUUUUUGCUCCGCCCACUGUGACCUUAAACCCUGCGCACUGUGACCCUCUACCGCCACCCAUCCUCUCCGACCACUGUGAUUGGCACAGCGCCGCAGGCCGCCCGCCUCUUAACACCAGGGACAGCGUGUCUGCGCUUGUGCAAAAUGGGAAGGGAGGGUGGUGAGGAACGCCUGUCGGCACAGACGGUGUGCCACGUGCCUGCAACUGCCACUGAAGUUCUCUCCAGCAAUAAUGUUUCUAACAGUUAGUGGGGUCUCCAGCGGGGGACGUGGGUUCCGAUCCGGCGCUCGAUUGCAGAUGAUAUUUUUCUUAGAGCUGCCUGUAACCCGAAUCCCUCCCCAGAGGAGCCUCCGUUCCGCUUCCUUUAGCUCUGGCGUAGCGCGCAUGGAGACCGUUUUAAGAGAAAACCACUUUGUUUUAACAGCCAACGGUAGAGCGUAAAAGUGUUAAAUCCCACUGAACUGUGUAGGGCGUAGAGUAACGGUGACGGGGGGGGAAGCCCUCCGGUUUCUGGGCACGUAUUAUGAUGGCUUUUGGAGCUAGGUCCCCCCGCCGUGGCUUCAGGAUGUUGGGGGGCGCUUGGUUAGAAUUGCCCCUGUGUGUGAGAGGAGGGGUAUGAGCUGCGGGUGUGUGCAUGAGCUACUAACCAGCAUGGCUUGGGGGGGAGCAGGCUGGGACCGGCCCCGUCGCCCCCUCGCUGCUUCAGUGUUCUGCUGGUCUGAUCUAGCGUGGGUCUUGGACUGAAGGAUUAUGGGACGGAGACUUUCUCCCCGCAGCCCGGGCUGUCCGUGAGCGCGGAGAUCGUGGAAUCCGGAGAGGGUGGAGGCGGCAGCCGGUGGGCGCGGACGGAAUAGCACAGGACUGGCCCCGUGUGAAGGGCCCUUAUUCUGAAUGCAGUAACAGGUGGGGCCGGGCUCGCUAACCCGUCUAGGGCCGCCGGGGCCUGCACCAUGCGCAGGAAUGUGGUGCUGGCCCCUCCGGACCUGGAGCGGAGAGCCGUCCGAGAGACCUGGAGGUCGAUGUUCUGGGCGGCUGUGGGACGGUGCCUCCUGCUCGCGGGCGACGAUUAUCGCUGUACCGGAUAUACAUUUACUUUUAGAAAUCAGAACAUUGGGAACGAACCAUGCUAAAUAAAGUUGAUGAAAACGG